AUGCCCUCUAUCACACGGUUCCGCAAUGAUCCCUCGUCGGUACUCAAGCAGAUUGUAAUCUCUCCUUCGGACGAUGACUACGUUGACCAACUCAUUCCGUCUUUGCGCGAGUUCAGUCAGGGCAACAAAACCGCUCAUGUCUUACAAGAACUGCAGAGCUUCGCUGCUGAAAAGGAAACUGAGAUUGAAAGGCAGUGCAAUUCAACCCAUCAAGGAUUUGUGGAUUCUGUAAAUCAGUUGCUUCGCAUUCGAGAAGGCACAGUCCAUCUGACCAACGAAAUUCUUCAGCUCAACCAAGAAAUUCAGGCAAGUACUGAAAAACUUGUUGACCAGAAAAAGGCACUGGUCGAGUCGCGUGGAGUGCGGCAGAACAUUGAUGAGGCCAAGCAUGCCUUGGAUGAUUGUCUCGAGGUACUAAGACUUGCCAAUCAGGUUGAAGACCUGCUGAAUCAGCGCAAGUACUAUGCUGCAUUACGAGCUCUUGAUGAGUUACAGAGUGUGCAUCUUCAGGCCGUAACACAAUACACGAUUAGCGAAAUCAUCCAGCGGUCUGUACCUGCGACUCAAAAAAAGAUCGCGGAAACAGUAAUGACAGAUCUCAAUACAUGGCUGUUUCGUGUGCGAGAGAUGUCGCAAUACUUGGGUGAACUAUCUUUCUAUCACACAAAUCUUCGCAAGGAUCGACUACGAGAGAGAACAGAACAUAAUGACUAUCUUGCCAAUUUUAAGCUCAACUCUGCGAUCGAGCUUGUGGCAGAUGAACACGAGGAGUUCGACAUCCUCCACACAGAGGAACUGGAAGUGGAUUUUAGUCCUCUGCUUGAGGCUCUUCAUAUUCACCAGACUCUGAAUCAGAUGGACAAGUUUCGUACUGAAUACGCCAGUAAUCGACGGACACAAAAGGAUUUACUCGUCAACAACAACCCUUUGACACUUACAGACGACGAGCUUGCAGAUCUACAUACCCUUCUCGAGGACAUCGCGGGAUUCGCGAUAUUAGAACGUGCUACUACGAAGAAGGUGCCAGAUCUCCGUACGACUGCCGAGGUCGAGGAGCUCUGGGAUAGUUUGAACCAUACCGCUAUCUCUCAGAUUACAAAAGCAUUGCCUCAAGUCGAUAAUGCUGAGCAUCUGCUCAAAAUCAAAGAGCUAGUAGUAGUUUAUAUUCAGACUUUAUCAGGUCACGGCUACAACACAAUUCUGAUGUCACAACUCCUUCUUACCCUCUUCGAUAAAUACACAGACCUUCUGAACCAGCGCUUCAGCGAAGACUUCCUCGAAAUAGUCAGUACAGACGACUACAUGCCUAUGCCAAUUCAAAACAGCGAGGAGUACGAAAAAGUCGUCAAUGUGUCCUGGUACACACCUGAUCAACCUGUAUCAGCCAUUCGUUUCCCAACUGCCUUCCCCUUCAGUCAGAUGUACCCGCUCUGCUGUAUCAACAUCCGCAAUUUCCUCAAUCAAUUCUACUUCUUCGCCGACGAUAGCUUCCCUAAUCCAUCCAUCAUAGACACCAAACUCCUCGCUAGUCUAGAUGACCUACUCACGAGCAAGGUUUGCAGCAGCCUCAUCGCCCGCCUCAGCUCACAGUACCUCGGUCAAGUUGUCCAGAUCCUUAUCAACCUCGACCACUUUGAGAUUGCGUGCCACGAACUCGAAGGUCUCCUCAUGCAAGCGCGCCGCUCGAACUCAACACCACUUCCAAUCACCACUAGCACAGCCACGUCUUCUCGUCCUAUAUCCUCGCUCGGCCACGGCGCAGUCCACCUGGGCGCCACAUCAGCAUUCAUGGCCCAGAAAAAGACCGCCGAGAACCGCAUCUUCGAGCUCGUAAACAGUAAAGUCAGUGACCUCGUCGAAACAUCCGACUACGACUGGCUCACACACAACCCUCCGGUCGAAGUGAGCGAAUACAUCACCGCCCUUACUCAGUACCUUGGCAACAUCAUGUCGUCCGUCCUCCUUAAUCUGCCCAACGAGCUCAAAAAUCUCAUGCUCUUCAACGCUAUCAGCCAUACCGCUUCCUCCGUCCUCGCCCUUCCCCUCAGCGAAUCUGUCUCCCGAAUCACAACCUCCGCAGUUGCUCAACUCCGCAUAGACGUCAACGAACUCGUCAAAUACGUCGAAACCCUUCCUACUGCACCUAUCCUACUCGAAUCCCUAGACGAACUACGACAGACCGUUGCGCUCAUGGAGACAGAUAGUCCGGAGGAGUUCUAUGACAUCAGCCUGCGGAACAAGAAGUAUCGUGGUGUAGAUCCGCUGAAGGGUCCUGUACUGCUCGAGAAAGUUGUCAAGGAUACACCUGCUCCUGUAGGGUUUCAGAGUAGAAAGAGCGGUGGUCAAGAUGCUGGCAGUAGAACUAGUGGUGGUGCUGGUGCCAUGGGCCAAGCGAGCAUGGGUAGAGCUGCUGGUAUGGCGGCUGGUCUGAGAGAACGAUGGAUGCAUAAUCGGUAG